AUGUUCAUGUCCAAUAAGCUGACGGAGGUAUUGCAGACACAGCUAAGAGUGGCAUUCAACGCAUAUUUCAGGCCCAGGGCCUCGACGGGUUCUCCAGCACGAGAGAGACAACGAGGACAUUCUACUGGACCGUGUAUGUAGACGUGUCCUCUCCUCUCCUCUUUUAUCUUCUCCUCUCUUCUCCUCUCUUCUUCUCCUCUCCCCUCUUCUCUCUUCUUGUCACGGUUUCGGCCGAGGCUGCUCCUCCUCCUUGUUCGGGCAGGCUUCGGCGUUCGUCGUCCCCGGAGUACUAGCUGCCACCGUUGAAUGUUUCUAUGUUUGAUUGCUUUUGUCUGUCCAUUGCACCUGUGUCCGUUUGUGUCUGAUUAUGUUUUCUAUAAGUUUCCUGUUUUGUAUUGGUUAGGUUGUGUGUUGUUAUUCGCCUGUCCGUUAGUGCUGCGUGUUCUUUCUGUUUAUUGUUUUGUUAGUUUACGCACAGUCUGCAUAAUCGUUCGCCUCUGUUUGUGUUUGAGGCCGUUCAUUGUAUUUGUGCUUGGGUUUUGCACUAGUAAACGUUGUUGGACUAAGCUUCGGUGUCCUGCGCCUGACUCCCGCACCACAUUAACCUCAGCUAGUGACACUUCUCAUCUCCUCUCCUCUCUUCUCAUCUCCUCUCUUCUCCUCUCUUCUCCUCUCUCCUCCUCUCUCCUCCUCUCUUAUCUUCUCUUCCUCUCCUCUCUUCUCCUCUCUCCUCCUCUCUUCUCCUCUCUUCUCAUCUCCUCUCCUCUCAUCUCCUCUCUCCUCCUCUCCUCUCUUCUCCUUUAUUAUCUCCUCCUCUCUUUUCCUCUCUUCUCCUCUCCUCUCUUCUUCUCUCCUCUCUUCUCCUCUCUUCUUCUCUCCUCUCUUCUCCUCUCUUCUCUCCUCAUCUCCUCUCCUCUCCUCUCUUCUCCUCUCUUCUCCUCUCUCCUCCUCUCUUAUCUCCUCCUCUCUUCUCCUCUCUCCACAUCUCCUUCUCUCCUCUCUUCUCCUCUCUUCUCCUCUCUUAUCUCCUCCUCUCUUCUCCUCUCUCCUCUCCUCUUCUCUCCUCUCUCCUCCCUUCUCCUCUCUCCUCAUCUCCUCUCCUCUCCUCUUCUUCUCUCCUCUCUUCUCCUCUCUCCUCCUCUAUCUUCUCCUCUCCUCUCCUCUCCUCUCCUCUCUCUUCUCUCCUCUCUUCUCCUCUCUUCUCCUCUCUCCUCCUCUCUUAUCUUCUCUUCCUCUCCUCUCCUCUCCUCUCCUCUCUUCUCCUCUCCUCUCUUCUCUUCUCCUCUCUCCUCUUAUCAUCUCCUCUCUCCUCUUAUCAUCUCCUCUCUCCUACUAUCCUCUCUUCUACUCUCCUCUCUCCUCCUCUCCUCUCUUCUCUGCUCCUCUUGUCUCAUCUCCUCUCUUCUCCUUCUCUCCUCUCUCCUUCUCUCCUCUUCUUUCAUAUUUUCUCUUCUUCUCUUGUCUCCUCUCUUCUCCUCAGGGCCCUCUAAAAGAUUUCCAUGCGUCCCUUGGUAAACUCCAGAAGAAGAUCUAUGCUAAGGGCCACCGUCUGGACUGCACCAUCCGUACCUGCCUGGUGACGGCCCGCAGCGCAGCCAGCUCAGGUAUCCGGGCAUUGAAGACCCUGAAAGCCUGGGGCCUCUUCCUGGCCGGGGCCCCCAAGGGCCUGAUGCUGGAGAAGAUUAGGCCACACGUCUACUUUGAUGACCAGAUGUUCCACGUGGAAGGGGCGGCGGAGAUGGGCACGGUCGCGGCUCACGUACCUUACGGGAUCGCUCAGAAGCACACACAUAAGAAGAGCCUGAACACAGGGAAGUAG